AUGGCUACCGCUGUUGCUGGCAUCGUGCUGAGCGCUAUUGGUGUUGCUAAAGGGAUCGGUGACACCGGGGUUGCGUUGUUCGGUGGCGAAGACACCCUGAAGAGGAAGCGUCAUUGGAUGCAAUGCAGCGUCAAAAACGAGACGCAAUACGAGCUCGUGCUCGCUGAUAGCUAUUUCGACUCUGGAGAGUAUUAUGACGCUCCCCACGCAACCAUACCCAAAUUUUCCGUCGCAUCAUUUUCUGUCUGUAACAGGACUGGAUUGGCCGGAGUAUCUGGCGGUAAUUUAUGGACUAUGGAGCUUGACAACAAGACCGAACUCAAGUUCUCUUUGGGCUACACCGACCCAGUUGUAGGUAGUCGCAAAUCUGGUGCCAUCGUUGGGCACAAAGCCAAGGAUGGGUACGAGGGCGCAACCCAAUACGGCACAAAUUCGAAAUCCGGCGAGUACAAGGGCAAAGAUGACAAAAACACCCCCACCUAUUUCUUUUUCACCCUCACUGCCGUAACGGGCCAUCAUACGAUCUACACCAUUCGCCAAACGGUGACUGACACCGAAUGGCAGAUUGAUGUUUGA